AUGGGCUAUUGUGGCUGUGGAGGCUGUGGUGGGUGCGGUGGCUUGGUGGCUGUGGCAGCUGUGGCCGUCCUUGUUGUACCAACUGGUGUAGGCUGUUUCUCUGCUUACUGCCCAUGCUGCUGCAGCUGCUAUGGAGGCUGCUGUAGCCCACAGUUGUCUGCUCUUGCAGCACCUGCUGCUCUGGUAGCUGUGGCUCUGGUGGCUGUGGUUCUUGCAGCUAUAGUUGUGGCUGUGGCAAGGGCUGCUGCCCAAAAGAAAUGCUGCUGCAAGAAACAAUGUUGCUGUUAG